CAUCGUGAUUUGUUUUAGAGCGCUGUCCGUAUUAGCACGUUCAUAGUAUUAGUGUCUUUCGUUCGCGGUACGUUGACCGCUUUUGUCAUCACCCAAAAAUUGGGUGAUGUGGCCCCCUAGGAAAUGUUACUACCACCCACGAAUGGGUCAACGUGUUAAUAGGGAAGAAAAAAAUUAUGUCAAAUUUUCAAAUUAACUGCCAUCAAUUUGUUCGACUAAUUGUGCUUAUCUGGUUUUCGAUAAGAAUGUUUACGUGGAUGUUUGGGGUAGCAUAAAUCGGUCACAACUGGCAUAUGCACUGUUGUGCAAUAUGCCGGGCAAGGUACAUUUCGUAAAUCGCAAUUCUGACGAUCACUUUCGGCGUCGUUAAGCAUCUUUACGACGAGCAUCACAUUCUUAUCUUGAUUCCCAUAUAGGCCCCCGUCAACAAGGUGGGAAAAUUGUUAUCGUUCACAAAAGCGAGGCCGAAAAAGUGGGGAUACCCAUAUUGUAGCAUUCUGUACCUUUUUUCAAUAGGUUUUAUGUCAUAUUAAUUACAACAAUUUCACUGAACUGAACUGAAAAAAUACCGUCACUUCCCGCAGUUAUUUUAAACGUGGCAACAUUGUUGCUAUCGAAAAACAGCACGCGUAUGGUGCAACAGUUAAAACCAUGUAAAGGCGUUUUGAAAUUGGUGCUCAUUAACAUAACAAAACGAAGUAAUUCGUACGUAAACACCUGAAAGUGGAAGAAAACAAUAAACUGUGAAUAAAUUGCAAACGUCGCAAAAUGCUGGACACAUUCCGUUCUGUGUUGAUCGAAACAAAAAUUGCUCGUUCUAGUUUCAGAGUUAAUGGUUUGAAUAACACCUUCAGAAGCCACAAUCACACUGUAGAAGGCAAGUGGAAAGGUGCUGUUUGUUGGUGAAAAUUGCGGACGUGAGAGUAAAGUCCUCCACCGGAAGUGAUAUAAAGUGCAAUCUAGUACGAAUAGGAGUGCUUUUUCUAAACAAGGAAAUAAGCAGGCUUCCUUUGGCUACCAUGGCUACUGCAACGGCUGCCACAUCUUCAACUUCUAGCAACCAACAGCAGCUGCAAGCUUACGACGAUGAUGACGAGUUCCAGGAUGCUUGCGACGCUGAAACUGCCUCUGCAUCAUGUGCUUUGGAUUUAGAAACAGCACUUGUCGAGGCAAAAAUUGCGGUCGAUCUCUUCUUCAACAAUAAGUUUAACGAAGCUGAAGCCCUUAUGAAGCCUUUGGCAACAUCAAGCAUGUACCAUUCCGUGGGACACAGCGUUUUCACCUACCUGGAAGCGAUGCUUACGUUCGAGCAGCAGCACAUAGCAGCCGCCUCAGAAGCGCUCAAACAGUGUUUGAACGUUUGCAAUCGUUAUCGGAAAAAAAACACCCUUACGGAAACAAUAGGGAAAACGUUCAAGAAGGUUAAUUAUGAUCAGUACACCGAUUUGGAAGCACAUGCCGAACUGUGCUCAGCCGAGGCGCUGUUGCUGAAGGCAAUGCUAACCUUUAUAGAGGAUGAAACGUUAACCAGUCUGAUAAAGGGGGGAAUGAAGAUUCGUAAUUGCUUCGCCAUGUAUAAGGAAUGCAAUAACAUACUCACCCAUCGACAGUGGGAAUCGGAAAGCUCAAAGCUACACUUCGAAAGCGGCGUUCGCAUGGGUUUGGGCACGUUUAAUCUUAUGAUAUCUUUGCUACCGGCUCGAAUCAUAAAGCUGUUGGAAUUCAUCGGCUUUUCUGGCAACAAGCAAUCGGGCAUGCAAGACUUGAUCACCGGAUCACAAAGCGAAGGCAUUCGGCAGGUGCUGUGUGUGAUGACUUUACUAGGGUAUAAUCUGAUCGUGUGCUAUGUACUUAGUCACAAGGAAGGUGAUUUGCGCUUUUGUGAUGAGCUGCUAGUCAAACAACUGAAACAGUACCCGGACGGUGUUUGGUUCCUGUUCUUCAAAGGUCGUCUGGAGUUUAUGAAGGGUAACCUGGACGAAGCACUCAAAUGGUACAAAAAAUCGUGGAAAUCACAAAACGUUUGGCCCCAAUUCCAUCAUCUAUGCUUUUGGGAGUUACUGUGGGUAAAUUGCUUGCGGCUGGAUUGGCGAGAAUCGUUACUAUUCGCAACGUACCUUGUCGAGAACAGCAAGUGGUCGCGUACGAUUUACACAUAUCAGAAGGCGUCAAUCAUGUGCAUGCUGAAAACGGAGGAUCUGCAUUCCAGUGAGGUCCGCACAAUUGCUACGCUGAUGAAAGAGGUGCCUAAGUACAAGCAACGGAUAGCAGGCAAAUCAUUGCCCAUGGAGAAAUUUGCCUGCAAGAAGACGGAACGAUUCUUCGCCCAGCAGUCGUUCCUGUACGUGCCAGCGUUGGAGCUCAUGUACGUGUGGAAUCUGUUCAAGAUAUUGGGCAAACAUUUCCAUCUUGCUGACGGCGUCUUUCGGAUAGUGGAGGAGAAUCUCAAACACUAUGGCGAGCGUGUAAACUCCAAAUCAAACCCAACGUUCGGUGUGUACGCGGCGGACAACAAAGCUUUACUCUUGCUGCUAAAAGGUGCCUGUUUGCGGCAGAUGAACAGCCCUCUGCAAGCUACACGGUGCCUUGAGGAUGUUAUUGCCAUGUACAAAGAUAUCAAGGAGGAUCACUACCUAGUACCUUACGCAAUUGUGGAACUGGCACUGAUUUACAUCGAUCAAGGAAACAAAGAUCAAGCCGUAUUAGCUCUAGAGGAUGCUAAGAAAAAUUACAGUGGUUAUUCGCUAGAGUCCCGGUUGCAUUUCCGGAUACAUACGGCACUGAUAGAACUGAAAGGUAAAAGUUACGAAAACAUUCCUGCUGGCGGUGAAUGAAGGGAGAGAAUAUCAACCUUUCGCCAUGACUAUUCAACGAUUAUUUGAUAAAAGAAAUAUAUACAGGCAGUCCCCGAAAUAGCGGACCGCUAUGACCCGGGAAAAAUCCGCGUAUCACGAAUUUUUACUUUGGUCGAAUCUGGUAGUAAAACCGUUUAUACUUUAAAGUUGCAUAGUUGACUUCCUUCGCUGCACUUGUUUUCAUCAACAAUUCAGACGACUUUUUUAAAGAAUGCAUCAACAUAAUUGAAAUCAAAUGUUGUAUACCACAAAGGAAGGAAUUUUCAACGUUCACCGUUUUGCUUAAAUGCUAGAAAUUAACUCAGUUGCUAAAUUUCGAAAAACCACUUCUGUCUGAAUUCCCGUAUGAUAGGAUCCGCAUACUUUGGGGACUGCCUGAAUAAGUAAACUAACAACGACCAUUCUGAGUAAGACCAAACCAAACGUUACACUAAAGAAACCAUCGUAUAUGCAUCCAGCAAGGAUACAGUAUAAGUGGAGAGUACCAUCGAAUAUGAAUUAUUACGUUAUUACUACGUUAUUCGGAAUUAUUUGCUAGUCAUGAUUUUACAGAGUGAUCAUUUGAUACAACAUUUAUGAUACGAGCACUUGACUGCAGAAAAGUUAGGAUUAGCUUAUGUUUCAGGUUUUGUGACACAAGAUCGAUAUUACUAGUGAGGCAAACAGCAACAGCUCCACACAAACAAAUCAAAUCCAUAAAUGCGUAUAUCCAAACAAAAUACGAGUAAGCGUGGAUUUUUUCGUGUGCAAAAUCAUAGAUCAAUCGUUUAAAUCUUCACUAAUGAGGGAUAAACAUUAGGCAAUGUGGCAUAUUUUAAACAAGAGGUUUACUAUUUUCGGGGUUAUUUUAGAACAGAGUACUAAACAUCAUGGAAUGUAUGGAGGCGAAUUAUGGAAUAUGUUGUUGGUAUUAAAAAAUAAACUGAUAAUUACUACGAUCGUGGUAAAAAAUAUGAUCAA